GAUGCUAGCCAUCGAAGCCAAGGCGAAAUGAUUUCCAAAAAACCUCUUAUUGUGGAAACAGUUCUGUCAAACUUGCGUGAGAUGCCGUACAGCUGGCUGAAACAAAUACCGUGUCGCCCCACCUCGUUUCACAUCUGAAUUACGCAAGUCACGCAGCUUCCAAUGGCCGUGUGACCGAAAAGUACAACUGACUUUCACCAAGAAAGACUGAAAAAAAAUUUAAUACUUUUCCUCAGGUCACAGAACGAGCAGUGACUGAAAUGACCCAGCUCAGCGUUCGCCGCUGGACCACCAAACAUGUGGCCAAGUGGCUCAGGGAAGAGGGCUUCUGUGACUAUGUGGACCUGCUAUGCAACAAGCACAGACUGGACGGCACCAGCCUGUUGACACUCAGCGAGUAUGACCUCCGUUCGCCACCUCUGGAGCUCAAGGUGCUGGGGGACAUCAAGCGGUUGAUGGUAUCAAUCCGCAAGCUCCAGAAACAGAACAUCGAUGUGCUUGAGGAGCUGGGGCUUCCCUUUGACGGCCACUCCCCGACAGGCUCUGGAGGCAGUUUGGACUGGCUGUGCAACGGAGACUCAGGCAGAGACUGUGACAGCGCUGAGACGGCACCUGUCGGGGAGGAGUACCACCAGUACACCAAUGGGAAAUACAAGCAGCAGACGAGGCGCCUGGAUCCAGAGUACUGGAAGACAGUGCUCAGUUCAGUCUACGUGGUGUUCGUAUUUGGGUUCACAUCGUUUGUCAUGGUCAUAGUGCACGAGAGGGUGCCCGACAUGCGCACGUACCCUCCCCUGCCAGAUAUUUUCUUAGACAGUGUGCCUAGAAUACCAUGGGCCUUUGCCAUGGCCGAGGCAUGCGGAGUGAUCCUCUGCAACAUCUGGUUGCUUGUUCUUCUGCUGCAUAAGCACAGGUCAAUACUGUUGCGUCGUCUGUGCAGCCUCAUGGGCACAGUAUUCAUGCUGCGGUGCAUCACUAUGUUCGUCACAUCCCUGUCUGUGCCAGGACAGCACCUGCAGUGUUCAGGAAAGAUAUAUGGUGAUAUGUGGGCCAAACUGCAAAGAGCAGUGGCCAUCUGGAGCGGUUUUGGAAUGACGCUAACAGGAGUACACACAUGCGGUGACUACAUGUUCAGCGGCCACACUGUGGUUCUAACCAUGCUAAACUUCUUUGUCACAGAGUACACUCCCAGGAGCUGGAACUUCAUUCAUACCCUGUCUUGGGUCCUGAACCUGUUUGGCAUCUUCUUCAUCCUGGCUGCCCACGAACACUACUCUAUUGAUGUCUUCAUCGCAUUCUACAUUACUACAAGACUUUUCCUAUAUUACCACACUCUAGCCAACACUCGGGCCUACCAGCAGAGUCGCCGAGCUCGCAUCUGGUUCCCCAUGUUCUCCUUCUUUGAGUGCAAUGUCAAUGGCCCUGUGCCCAAUGAGUACUGCUGGCCCUUCUCUAGGCCUGCCAUGAUGAGGAGGCUCAUUGGAUAGGGACACGGCUGCUACAGUGCUGAUAGACACUGUGCUAUUUUGUCUGUUCUCUUGAGUUGCCAACUGGUGGUGUGCGAUAUCUUCAUUGACAUAAGUUAAGAGUAACGAAGACGGCUUAUGUGAUCCUAUCAGUGCCAUGGUCUGACGGGGUACACACAGCCAUAGCUUCUCAUAUUCUGGGAUUUAGCCAUUUGCGUGCUUCCCCUGUCAGUGUUUUCUGGGGGGUGGGGGGUAAAACAAAAUCCAUAAAUCCUAGAGUUUGUGAAAAGCCCUAUCAGGCCCCUUUGCUUUACUUAAAAGUGAAAGUUGUGGGAUUUGUCAUAAUAGGUGUUCAAUUUUUUUCCAUUUUUCCUUAAGAAAGGGAAAACAUUUUUUGUAGUGUUUUGCAGCACCUCCCAACUUGCUAGCAGUAUCUGGAUAGCACAUGUUGGUGGUAUAGGGGAGCCACAACAACGAAAUUCUCAGGCAUUAUUUUACCAAAUCCCAUUCUGCAUUUCACUACUUUUGCACAGUUUGUUCAUGUCAAGGUUUAUGUGUGGCUGCAUAAGUGCAAACAAUGUCUUAUUUUCCCCUUCUAUAAUUUAUCAAGAUGUUAUUCUAUAAAUCUUAAAGCAAUAUUAAUAGAAUUUACAUGGCACCGUUGUUGAUUUCAGUAUAGUAAGAUAGUAAGAAAUUAAUCUUGUACAACAAAUUGAUUGCAACUGCUUCAAAGUAUUUCAACCUCUGCAGUCCUUGAGAUUCUUCUCAGCAGUAUUGAACACUUAAUAGUUAAUUGCUCUUUUUAAGACGAACUACAGCAAACCUUUUUUGUUUCUUAUGUUUGCGUAAUUCAGUUGUUCUGCCUUUACCAGGCCUAGCUAAGAAUAGGGACAAAACAUUUUCUAAGUCAGCCAAAAUUGGAAACAGUUGUCUUAAACACAUUCCAUUUGCCAAUUACCUUAGCUGUAUCAGUAAGCUUGUGUGUGUAAGAAAUGUCUCUAAUUUCAAGUUUGUUAAACGGGCAUGUGCCUGUGGGUUGUAGGGUAGUUUUUUUUAAUCGUGGCAAGUUGUAAGUGACCAGACAUAUGUGUAAUUUUAACCUAUUGUGAUAUCAGUUCCUUGACAUUGUCCAUAGAUUUCAAGUAACCGAGCCCUUGAAUUUGUGUUUACUUUUAUUGCAUUAAUUUAUUUCUUUUUUAAAUGUUAAAAAAUAUUUUUGUAUUUCAUAUACAAGUUAUUGCAACAUGCACAUGUACAGAAAUAUGUUUACAGUUGCUCAUAACUCUGUAUUUCUUUGAAACACAAUGUGCUUUUUUAAGUGUAAGGUUGAUUUCAAAUAAGCCUCUGACAUUCGUUGAGUUACAAUAACGACUUGCCACUCUAGUUGGAACGGAUUUGGUCAUUAUGGCAUGUUAUCUUACAUGAUUUUUGUGAUUGGUAUUUUCUAGCUACAAACCGUUCGUUUGGGUUUUGUUGCUGGUGUUUAUAUGCUCUUGCAUAGCCACAUUAACAAUAACAUCAGUUUCAGUCCUCUCCAUCAUUAAACAGU